CUGGUAUCAUUUGGUUUGGAUUUAAGAUUUAACUUUCUAACAGAGCUAAUAAAUGCUGCUAGCUGCUAGUUAACGUAAGACAAAUUUCAACUGAGAAUUCAAUUUAAAUGAAUUAUCAAAAUCAGUACCUACCGGCUUGCAAACCCUUUCCAUAUUUUGUGACUUUGUUUUUUAGAGUCACUGACACAAAUAAUGCCGUCGCCCUAAAUAAAACGAAUUGUGUUACAAGUACUGUAGAAUGGAAGACGAACUAGACGAUAAAAUAAUAUAUCAAACAUAUGUGUCUCACAUGAAAAUAAUGUCACGAAUAGCAUGGAGUGUCCCUUUGAAGCUGUCCCAUGUAACUUUCACUACUCACAUUUGGAGGCUUUUCAAACUGUAUCUGUUGAAACCAGAAUUAAUAGUUUUUGGGGCACUUGUCAUUUUCUGUUUGGUUUAUCUUCAAGCAACUGAUCUAUGGAGUCGUCAUUUAGGGAGACUGCAGUACACCAUCAAUCGCCGGAAGUCUAACAUAGAAAAAUUGAGUUUCUUCGGCAACGCAGAUGUUGAAAGAUCCAGUUGGCAGAUGAAAGUCGGAGCCAUAGCAGCAUACGCUGUACAAGGUAGACGAGGCAAGAUGGAGGAUAGGUUCGUCAUCAACGACAACAUCAACAACACAGGGGUCGCACUAUUCGCAGUGUUUGAUGGACAUGGAGGUGAGUUUGCUGCAAACUUUGCAAAAGAAAAACUUGCUCAAAAUCUCUUCGAUAAAGUGAUAGAAAUAAAAGACUUGAUAUCUGGUAAGUCUACUCCAAAGGUGAUGAAAGAUAGCGACGAGGAAGAAAAGAAAGACCCCGAAAAACCUGUUACUCCAACUUCAGCAGGUCGUAGAAAGAGUUUCAGAAGAACCAGUUCCACCACAGAUGAAUGCAUAAAAGGAGCCAAAGAAAUAACCGAUCUUGAACUCCUCACUAAGCUGGACAACAUUAAACCCAUCACCAGAAGUUCUCGACCAUUAACUCUAACGCCCAGUUUUAAAAAAGUACCCCUCACAACUUACUUCGACAAGUCAGGCACUGUUAAUUACGGGAAACUUCUGACAGACGAGGUACUAGCAGCUGAUGAACGGUUGGUGCAAAAAGCAAAGAAAAGCCUAGACGUCGCCGGCACUACUGCUUUAAUAGCCAUCUUAGAAGGAGACAGGUUGGUAGUAGCCAAUGUCGGAGACUCUCGAGGAGUUAUGUGUGAUGGUAAAGGUAACGCAAUACCUCUAUCUUUUGACCACAAGCCACAGCAGAUGAGGGAACGGAAGAGAAUCGAAGAGGCAGGAGGUUUUGUGACCUUCACCGGUGUUUGGAGGGUGGCUGGUAUACUAGCCACCUCCAGAGCACUGGGUGACUAUCCUUUGAAAGACAGGAAACUGGUGAUCGCUGAUCCCGAUAUUUUGACCUUUGAUUUGAAAGAUCACAAACCCUCUUUUUUGAUUCUUGCAUCAGAUGGGCUGUGGGACACAUUUGCGAACGACGAAGCUGUGAGCUUCAUUAAAGAAAGGCUGAACGAACCCGACUACGGAGCUAAAAGCUUAACUUUACAGUCAUAUUACAGAGGGUCCUUAGAUAAUAUAACAGUUAUCAUAAUUAACUUCAAAGAUAACUCUUUCAGUUCCUACAAUGGGACGAAAGAAUAACGUUCAUAAGAAAUGUGUUGAUGAAUAUUCGAUCUUUUUGCCACCUCGAAAUUCAGCAGGUAAUUAUACUAAUUGUUGAACUCGAAUAUUCAAGUGAUAUGUAUAUGGAUUAAUGUUCCUGGAGUAUAUAGAUCUCACAAUGUCAGCUUAGAAACUUAAAGGUCACUCAAUGAAAAGUUUUGUCAGAUAUUUUGCCUUUUUUAUAUGGUAGUUCAUGUGAAAUGAGAAGAAAAAUCAAAAGAACUUGAUGUGGAAGAAAUCAAAUAAAAAAACUUUUCAGGAUUGUAAUAUUUUGUUAUUAGUUUGCUCAACAAUGUUUCAUAAUUUUUAUUAUAUUGGUAUUCUUAUUUAUUUAUUAUGGUCUUCAAAUUCGUUCUGGAGUAUCUCUUCAAUUAUUAACACAACUCAUGUAUUUUGAUAAAUUCAAAUAUGUAAUGUAUAAAGUUGUCAUCAAUUUCUUUAGAUAUCUCAACCCAUUAGUGCAUAAGUUUGCAAAAAUCAAUAUUUGUAUGUGAAUCAUCAAUAAAACCAUAAUUCCCUAUACAGUAGUGAAAUAAAAUCAAGAAGUUGUGUCAAUUUUUAUUUUAAAAAAAAUCCCUUAAAAAUUAAGCUAUAGACUAGAUGAUUGAUCAUAUUUUCACAGGGUAUCCUUACCUGGAUGACACAAUUCUAUGAAUUGUGAGGAAGUCUAUUGCAAUAGAUCUUGGGAAGUUCAAAAGCCUAUCUGUUCUAUUUUUCUCUCAAUAAAAAUCUCAGCAAUAAUCAUGCAUUUGGUACCAAAAUGUGAAGAUGUCCAAAAGUCGGCUGCCACCACCUUUUCGCUGCAUAUUAGCGCUACUGACCGAUUCAUCUAAUUAAUGCCACCCAUUUUUAUUGUAGUUUGCUAUAGGUUUUGCAGUGCAACUGGAAUCAGAACUACUAGAACCGCAGAGCAUUUUUUUGUUAGGAUUUCAACUGGUCUCAGUAUAAGUUGGUUUGUAUCAGUAUGCCAUUCGAAAAAUUGUCAAUAAGGGUAAGUUUGAAAAAUUGAAGAGAGUUUUACAUUAGUUCGUAGCUUCUGAUGCUCCCUGCUAUUGACAAUCGGUUACCAUACUGAAGUAGGGUUUGAACUUUUUCCAUUUUUCUGAUCUUAGAUUUCACCCCUGGCUUUUUGUCACUAAAAUUACAAUAGCCUACAUCUUGCAUUUUAAACGUUCUUGCACCUCAAGAUCAUAUUUGAGUUGUUGGUCCAAACCAGUUCAAGAUAUUCUUCAUGGCUUUGAUCCUUGCAUACACUUGUGUGUCCUAUCAACUAGUGAUAUAGCAUAAAAAUCAAUUUGCUGCUCGACACCUUUCUCCAUUAGUUCGUAUAAAAGUUUUUUUCAGUGAUGAACGGAAAGUUCAACAUUCAUGACACUAGUGUUUUUGACAGUGGACGGUUGAAAAAGUAUACGAAUAAACUAACAAUACUUCACGUUUGUAAUAAAAGUCAUGAUAUACUUCGACUAUACUACUUAAAAUUUGCUGAAUUUUAAUGAUGCUAUAGAAGUUGUUUAAAAAAACUUAGCCGAUACCGCUUUUGGGCCCAUUUUUGGAAAGAUACAUCUACACUUAUGAUCCCAAACGAUUCUCAAUUUUUUCCUCUUGUGUAAAGGUCUAGAGGAUUUGUCUUUAACAUCCAAAUAUAAGAGAUUAUAUUCAUAUAUGAGGUAUUGCCAGGGAAGAACACAUCUGCUUAAAUGGACACUAUGCACUUAUGGGUUGAUUUUUUGCAGAUAUGUAAAUGGUCUUAUUCUUUUGCGAAGUUAUUAUAUUGAUAAAAAAAUCAUUGUAUACGGCUCAUUGAGUUGUUUGUAAGACAUUCAAAAUUUGGAAUUCAGUGAAGGCAAUAUUUCUAAUGAUGAAACAAUUAAAAACCUCUUCUAGUUUGACCAACCAUGAUCCCAUGUCAAGAAUUUCAAAUAGAACUUAAUAUUUUCCAGACCAUUUGAUUGGAUAUAAUUUUUUCAAAUAUAAGUGGCCAUUUCUAUUCAAAAUUGUGGCGUAAAAGCCACUCCUUCAAGUGACGUCAUCUAUUGAAAUGUUAAACAACUUGAUGUAAUGAGACAGAAGACAAAAUCAGAUUGGUUUUCAAGGCAAAAUUCAGUAAUUGGAUUUUUUUGGAAUGCUAUUUACAACUUUAUCUUAAAAAUCUUGAGCGGUGUUUUUUAAACAUUGACAUUAAAAUGUAUCUCUUGUACUAUAAAACGAUGUCAAAGAUACUAUUAGUUUAAUUUUUCUGUGCCAGUGAAAAAGUAAAAGUUUCAAAGCUCAUCCUGGGUUAGUAAUUACCUACCAACUUUUUCACUACCAAAGAGAAAUGAAUCACAUAGUACCAGAGAUACACUUCAAAGUUCAAAACAUGUUACUAAGAUUCUUGAGAUUGAUGAAGUUCAAAAUUGUGAUUUAAAAAAAUAAAUAAAAAGUAUGUCAAAUAUA